AUGGCUUCGGAAUCCCAUGCGCCAGAAAGCUCUGAUGUUAAGGCCCUGUGUGGCCAGCUACAAGAGGACUCUCACCGGGACCACACCCAUGGCAUUGAAGGUAAGGCCAUGCUGCCACAACACACUUCUUCUAGCACCCACACUGACGUCGACGAUCUAGAGGAUCGGACCACAUCCGCCGAAGCAACUCCUGAAGCACUGUUCAAAGACGGCCAUGAUCCUGGGCACGACCACAUCAGCCGCCUUCCUGCUCUACUUGGAAGAGAAGGUUCGGGAGUUGUAUCGAGUGAUGAAGUUCAAUUCGAGUUUGCACCUAUCCAACCGAGUCACCUCAACCACCAGCAUAUGGAGCCUUCCAGUUUUGUUGAUAGGAGAGUUUUCAAUUGCUCGGACUCGAUGCCUUCACCGAAGAUCGACACCCUAACAAGAGCGAGUUCCAUUGCUCAUAUGGCGGAUAGUGUGGGUGUAGGUCCAAUGCAUGAAUCGAGGGUUUCAAAGACUCCAAGGAAGCACCGUCCAAAACCGACCCAACAUCGUCAGAUGCAUCGACCCCGUACUACCGGAACUCUCCCGCAGCCUUCAGAAGAAGAUCUGCUUUUUCUUCUCAUGUCCCGAGCACGAGAAACACAAAAAUCCCUAGAGAGGCUGGUCUUCCUUGAACACGAAAAUCAGAGUCUCCGACGACUCCAGGGACAGACAGAUGCAGAGCUUCGACAGAUGGCUAACGCACGAGAUGAAUGUGCUCAAUACUCUGAGCUUCUCAGAGAUAGCUUGGACGUGUUCAGGGAGAAGUACUACAAGUUGAAGAAAUGGGCUAUGGAGACAAACAAAGACUGCGAGAUGCUGCAGCAAAAGGCCGCAGAGUUCCAACAAACUCUCACAGCCUUGGCCAAAGACAGAGAUCAAUUGUUUAUGCAGCUGCAGGAAGUGCGGUGUUCCUCACGCGUGACCUCAGAGCGAACGGAAAGGGUCCGCGAAGGAGUUCGUGAGGCCAAAUCAAUGGCGCAAAAUAGUGUUACAACUAUCAAGCAGUUAGAUGCUUUCGCCAUAGCUCAAGACGAGCAUUUGAGGAGCGAGAAGCAGAGAUGUCGAAAGUUGGAGGCUCAUAUACUCCAUUUGGAGCAGGAGAAAAACAAGCAGAAUGUCAAACUUCACCACCAACACCAAAUCACCAAUAAAGCACUGCAGGAUCUCUCCAAACAGCUCGGCACACUUCAAAAUGAGAAGUCAGAAGCGAAUACAGCGGCCGAACACAUCAACGAGUGCUUGCAUCGAAUUAUGUCCAUGAUUGAGGACGAUCUUGAGGACCUGAUUCGGUCGAAAGAAGAUUACACAUCAGUGAACGCGUCGCUCACCAAGCUUGAGGGUUCGCUUUCCGAGAAAGUUCAGACAGCGAUAGCAAGCCUCAAGCAUGACUUGCAACAUGACGUCUCUACUCAGGCUUCGAGGUUACUAUCAGAAGUACAGUCCGGUAAUAUUGAACUUGUGGAAGCAAAGGCAGAAGUGGCUCGACUAGAAGGAAAGACAGAGCAGACGCAAGAGAUCAUAGAACUGCUUCGCGAUGCAAAAUGCGAGGCACAGAGACAUGAGACAGAAUUGCGAGACGUCAACAAGAGUCUCAGAAAUAACAAAGAAGCAGCCCAGAUACAAAGUGAGGAGCUCCGGACUUCAUUGCGUACGGUCACGACAAAGUGGCAAAUAGCAUGCUCUGAGCUUGAAAAGUGCAGACAAGACAAGAUCGAGAGGCAAGCAGAAGUCACUGAUUUGACCAUCCGUCUAACCGAAGCCAUGCAAGAGCACAGCUCUCUCCAAGCCGAGUUGACGACCAUCGAAGACAUUUUGAGCGAGUCCGAACGGCAAAAUGAACAGCAAAAUACAGAGUUGAAUCACAUGAGUGCUCGACUUUCAAAUCUCCAGACUGACCUAGACCAUGAGAUACAGAGAGCACUGGCGAUCGAAGACGAAGUGGCGAGUAUCAAAGCCCAGGAGUCACAAACACGACAUGAUCUUGACAAGUCUCGGGCAGAAACGGCUACGGCUAUCGAACAUCACCAAGAGUUGCAAGAGCAGAUAGGUAUGCUUGAGCAAAAGUUGAGUCAGGCAGAUGACGAUUCUCGAAAACUUGAGGAGACUCUUAAUUCUCUGCGAGAAGCUACGGCUGAGCUGGAGGAUCUGAGACAGCUGCGUUGCUCUCUCCAAGCGCUUAAACAAGAGUCUGUAUCUCAGCUCCAGCAAAUUGCGGAAGAUUCAACGGAGAUCCAAACCCUCCAAAGGCAGAUCGAGAACCUGCGAAACAGGUCUGCUCAUCUCGACGAACAAGCCCGAGAAAGGGACAGACUCGCAGAGGAGAACACCAUCAUCCAUACUGAGCUCAAGGACUUGCGGGGACGGCUCUCUGAGCAGGAGGAUUUGCAGGAAAAGCUCCAGCAGAAGAUCACCGAGAAUGCCGUCCUGGAAUCGACUCUUACUGCUGCUCAGGGUCAGACAGCUCGCAUCAGCGGAUUAGAAACAACGAACACCUCCCUCGAGGAAGCCGUCACGUCUCUUACAGAGAACCUCAAACAGUUGAAUGAGCAAUGCGCUCAGAUUGCACCCUUGCAGGAGACGGCCAAGGAGAAGGACAAUCAAAUCACGGAACUGCAGAAGCAAUUGUCGUCACUUGGCGGUCAGACUGACGAACUCAAAAAUCUCAGAGGCGAAUUGCGACAGAAAGAAGAGCAAUUGACACUCAUGCAACAGCGAAUCCUAAGUCUUGAAGGUGCCGUCUCCAAUGCCAAACUCGAUGAUUACGAGGCAACUCGACCCCAACAGCAACCAAGAGGCGCGGAUCGCUCAGGAAACGCAAAGAGCUUCCAUUACAAUGAAUUGCAUCACUCCCGGCCGAGUUCCAGUGGCGGCGAUGCUCAACUUCUCAAUGAUGGCAGUCCUUUGCAUUCCAGUUCGUCAAAUGCCUUGACUGGUGUUAUGAGCGUUGUGCCAGAAACACAAAUCGAAGUCCAAGAGACUCUACCCGUGGAGCGUGAAAGCCUCUUGUUAUCCCCAGAGCAAGGGCAAGUGGACUAUAGUUCAGCACUCGCCCCAGUCUCUACCCCUGAUGGGGAGGCAAAUCUCGAAAAUGUGAUUCAUCAAGACCUUGGCCAUAGCACUAGGCGCUAUGACCGCAACCGGGUACAUGUCUGGCCGAGUAAAGGGACUGCUAGCAAUAGCCGCGCUGGGGAAUCAGGUGAACAGGCCCUACCUAGCUCGAAUGAGUCGCAAAGCGAUCAAAUGCUUCUAGAUCAGGUCAGUCAAGGCGAUUUGAAGGUUCCGAAUAAUUUCGACACCACUGAUAUCGGUCUCAACUUUACCAUUUCUAGUAGUGGGAUCACCUCGAAGCAAGGGCCCAGUCCAAGAAGAUUAAGAAGUGAACUUCGGGUACGGAACUAUCACACUGCUUCUCCCGACUCAAGUGGCGAGUCUCAAGGCCAUCGUCCAUCCACACCUGCUAUCAUGCGUGAGCGGUAUCAGCCCAAUUCAGCUGCCAAACGUCGAAUGGACCCGGACAACGUUGAGGACAAGGCUUCUCCAGAGAAUUCUAAACGUCUCAAGCGGAGGCCAGCGAACCUGGAAGCGAGGAAGCCACCACCAAUCACGCCAAAACAGAGGGUGGAAAAGUCUUCAUCUCGAGCCACGGUCGGCUUUCGUAAGGACAGUACCGCCGGCGGCACCAACAGCGUUGUAGGAACGAAUGCCCCCGGCCCAGGAAAGAGUCAACGAACAUCCAAACCUGCCCGUAGAGGCUCCCGCCAAGACAAGUACGCCACUCGGUUUGCUGCGGGGACUUGA